CGCUGCUUCUUGACGCCUGUUGUCUUGAAGCCUGCCAACUGUGAGGUUGUGGUUUCGCUGUGAUUGGAUCGUCCUCCGGUGCCUGAAUGCAUCACAGGGAGGAGUGAACAGAGAGAGACAGAGAGACAGAAAGGGGUGGGGGGGCACAGUGAGACAUGUCCGGCACGGCUGCCACAUCUGCGACCAUGCAGUCUGCGAAAAUGAAGAAGGACGAGUCCUUUCUCGGGAAAUUAGGAGGCACCCUGGUCCGGAAGAAAAAGGCCAAAGAAGUGAGUGAUCUCCAUGAGGAGGGGAGGAAUGCCAUCAAUGCUCCCAUGCUUUCCUCAGGGACAGACAUCCACCCAGAGGACACGCUGCUGGAGGAAAAUGCCGAGAGGAUCAUGUUGGACCCAACAUCGAGAGAAAACCUUAAAUUUAAAGAUCUUCUGAAGGUCCUGAUUGACUGGAUCAACAGUGAGCUGGAAGAGGACAGGAUCAUCGUCAAAGACCUGGAGGAGGACUGCUAUGACGGACAAGUGCUUCAGAAGUUAUUUGAAAAGCUGUCGGGCAGGAAGCUGAACGUGGCGGAGGUCACCCAGUCGGAGAUCGGCCAGAAGCAGAAGCUUCAGACGGUUCUAGAAGCUGUCAACAAUAUGCUGAGGCCUCAUGGCUGGACCAUCGAGUGGAGCGUGGACUCUAUCCAUUCAAAGAACCUGGUGGCCAUUGUCUACCUGCUGGUGGCUCUCGCGAUGCACUUCCAGGCCCCCAUCAGGCUGCCUGAGUACGUCUCUGUACAGGUGGUGGUGGUCAAGAAGCGAGAGGGCAUCCUGCAGACCACUGUAGUGACCAAGGAGCUGACCACCACCACAGAAAUGAUGAUGGGAAGAUUUGAGAGGGACGCAUUCGACACUUUGAUGGAUCAUGCACCCGACAAACUCAACGUGGUAAAAACGUCACUCAUAACAUUUGUGAACAAACACUUGAACAAGUUGAACCUGGAGGUUACUGAGCUGGAAUCACAGUUUGCAGACGGAGUGUACCUGGUUUUACUGAUGGGGCUGCUUGAAGACUACUUUGUCCCUUUGUACAACUUCUUCCUCACCCCAGAGAGCUUUGAGCAGAAGGUCCACAAUGUAGCAUUUGCAUUUGAGCUGAUGCAGGACGGAGGCCUGAAGAAACCCAAAGCCAGACCUGAAGAUGUUGUCAACCUGAACCUCAAGUCCACCCUCAGAGUCCUCUACAACCUGUUCACCAACUACAAAAACUCUGAGUGAACUGUUUAACCCCUGACAUUGCUCUGAACACUGCCCUGUGCCUAUGCUCGUAUCAUGCAUUGCAGUCUGGACACUGGAGGAAAGACCAAUUGGGACUGAAAGUCAUUAUUAUGUGAGUUUUAAAAAGACCCAGGAGGUUAUCCUGAAGAAGGCUCUGGAUGUUAGUAUUUAAUCUUCCCCAAAUGUCAGUUGUUCCUUCCUCAAAUUGUAACUGUAACACAGGAUGUCGUGCAAUCUUUAGGCCUGCAUUUGCGUGCACGGCCGUCACAGGAAAUUCAACAGAAUAUUCUAGACAGUAGGAAAUGCUAUAUAUAUAUAUAUAUAUAUAUAUAUAUAUAUUGUGUGAUACAUAUGCUUUGUAUAGUUAUUAAAUUAAUAGUUAGAUAUUUUGGGAAAUACUUGCAACGAAUUAGAGUCAAUUGGAAUGAUUGAUAACCACUGGAUGGCUCAGCUUUCUGAAUGAAAUCAUUUUAAGUAAAGUGAUUCUAUGUGGGAUGUUUGGGAAUAACACAUAAUUAGAUAAUUGUUCAAGUUGUACGGCCUGAUAGUUGUACAAAGGCAGAUUAUUUUACCAAAAAGUAUUGCAGAGAGAACCUAUAUGACACAUAAAAAUGUAGAAAAGAGUCAUACGUGGCGCCUUUGUGUAAUCAUUAUUGAAUGUGAAUGAUAAUGCAUAAAUUAUCCUCUGCCUUAUGUAAAGCACUUGCUCUAUAAAUAAAGAUAAUUAUUUAUAGAAGCAGCAUAAAUGCAUAAUGUAUAGCCUACUUUAUUGCACAUAUAAAUGCAAUGUGUGCUUUAAGGGCUAUGUUAAUGUCAUGGGUUACACUGGAGUUGAGAGAGAUGGCAGUUGACGCUACUCAGAUAAGCUAGUUAGCAUUAGCAGGUGUUUAGUGGGGGUUUUCCUUUGCUUCGUUAAAAUUGUUGUGCUGCCUGAUAUAGUGGAAUACAUUCUGAAGUACAAGGUUGUAAUUUUAAAGUCAUUAUUCCAUUUAGGAAGAAUGGUAAGAGAAAAAGUCAUUACAUAACGUUAGUUUGGUGUGACUGUCCCACCAGAUGGGUCUCCUUUUUUAGUCGUCUAGGUAACGUUAGCUGCUCCAGUUUGGUUUUAGCAGUGCUCCUUGAACACUUGUUUAUUUUUCAUUUAAAUUUCAGUGAAUCACAUUCAGGUCUUAACGCGAUUUUACCUUCAACUGCAACUUGUCAGCUUGUGGACAGAACAUGACAACAUCAUCGACAGGAAGUUGUGAGAACUUUGUCAUGUAGCUAGCUUUAAACACUUUAUGAGUUCACUUAAUUUGACCCAUCGUGCAAAGCUACGUUAACAUGUUAACAGUUGUUCACAUUCUUGCAAAAAGUGAUGCAAGUCAACCAGGUAGCUUAGCUUAGCAUAAAAACAGAAAAUAAGCAAACAGUUCCGCUCAUAUCACUGCUACUAACACUUACCACCGUGUGUCACAAUAUUUGUCUAAACUGAGCUGGUUUCAGUUUUUGAAAGCAGCUCAUAACAAGCGCUUGAGCCACACUACAAGGACUGUAUCUUUUGCCACUCAUAGCAUUAACCAUUAACACAGCAUUAGCCUAGCCCUGUCCACAGGUGACAUAAUCUGUCCACCAGCUCCUCUAAAGCUCACUAAUUAAUACAUUCUGUAUUUAAUCAGUGCAAAAUCCAAAAAGUAAACAUCUCUGCAACAAAACAAAAGCAUGCAUUUCCCAAAAUGUCAAACUAAGAAACUUGAAAAUGCGUGCCAUUAUAUAAUGUAUGAAAGUGAUUUGUAUAUUCUUGCUAUAUGCCAUCUUCUACUGUACUUAUGCCUUAACAGCUGAAUGAAGUGUGAAUGAUUCUUAUUUACUCUGAACGAUGCACACCACAUUUCAAGCCACGUUUAAAAGCCAAUGUUGUUGCCUCUUGCCUUAAGUGCAGUGUGCUUUUGCCAUCCCGGGGGAGUCCCCGUCAGAGUGUGUUCAUAUUGACCGGCCUUUUAACCGAGUCUCCACGGAGACCCGGACCCCUCGCUUCUCUCCGUCCCACCUGCAGCCGCGCUAAGAUGUACAGUACACGGCUGCUCAUGCAUUUUAGAGCCGGGUUGAAUUAUUGAGGAUGAGUCGAUCUAAACUGAGUGAGGCACUGGAUGGCUCACCCAUGUGUGUGUGUGUGUGUGUGUGUGUGUUUUUUUUUCUUCUGUCUUUUCCAUCGAACCUAUCAAGAAAUAAAUGCCUGAAAUCAAA